AUGAAAAAGCUGAAAGGCAAACCAGAAAUUCUUCAUGACAACUACCAUUUCAGUGACAUAGAUGAUACAGGUAUUCUAGAACUUACAGAUGAAUGCAAAAGUGUUGAGUUUUUCACGGAGAGAAUACUAACUUGGAUUGAUGCUUUCGAGGCAUUCUACAGGAAUAAAUCAAUGAAAGCAAUAUCUACUAGAGUUCAACAUGGACAUGUUAUCAAUAUUUCUGACCAUGUUAUUAUCAAUAUAAAUGAUUCAGGAGUGAUAUCCAUACAUGGAGAAGGACUUGAGGAUUGGAAAGCGAAUGACUUUCCAUUGGUAAAAGACACCAUAGUCCACAUUGACAGGUGUCCCUCCCUUACCUCUACCCCUCUUAGUGGGGCUGCAGUACCCAGUCAAGCCAAUACAUCUGAUUUUACAGAUAUGGCUACAACACACUCUGAAGCAACAGAUCCAGAUGGAAGAGUGAUUACAUUUCUGCAUCCAGAAAUGCUGACUAAGGGAUCUGAUCCCUCUACUGAUAUUGCUGAAGAUAGCCUUAUCUUCUUUCAAACUACUUCAAAUGAUGGAUCUCAUUCACCUGAAGGACCUUCGCCACCACCUGAUGAUAUACCAUCCUCUGGAAUACCCCCAAGCCAAGAUCCCUCCUUACCCAAAGGAUCUCCCCAAGGUUCCACAGCAAAUGAGGCUGAUGAUCAGAAGGCAAAUAUCAAUACCCAGGAACCCUCACUUGAUACAAUCCUUGAUAAUGUUUUUUCUGAUGUAACUGAAUUAUCACAACAUGCCAAACUUGACACUGCCAUAAUGGAAGAAAAUGAACAGUUGAAAUGUGAAAAUAAUAAACUCCGAAAUAAAAUCACCCAACUGAUGAACAAAAAUGAAAAGUAUCUGAAUGACAGAAAACUUAUCAAUGAACAAUCAGCCAAAAUAAAUGACCUCCUCAAGCGAAUUCAAGUAAAUGAUCAACAGAGGGCAGAUGAGCUCAAGGCCCAGCAAAUACUUCAAAAUGCCAAACUUGAAGACUUAGAGUCUGAAAUCUGCAAUUUGAAGGGAAAAAUAAGACGCAGUGAAAAAGAAUAUAAAGGACUGAAAGCGGAUCUUGACACCACUUAUCGCAGAAAUCAGCAAUUAGCAUCAAUGUUAGGCAGUGAACAUAAUAUCUCUCAACCUCAGAGUCUUGUUGAAUCACCAAAUUCGUCAAAACCUGACUCAUAUAAGCCUACCCCAGUUCCCAGACGCAAAUUACACACUAAAACUCAACCUCCUCAAUCUGCCAAAUCUAUGCCUGCGCCACAGUCUAUGCCUGCGUCUGUAUCACAUGAUAUGUCUACACCACGCUCUUCAUCCAUGCCACAUGAUAUGCCAGAAUCGCUCAAGUCAAAGACAACUGUACACAUAAUGUAUUCAUCCAAUGGUAGAGGAUUAGCUGGUAUCAUGAUGCGCAAGGCAUCACAUAUGAAUGUAACCUCCUCAGUCUACAGUGGUGGUAGAAUUGAACACGGAACUCAGUCUAUCAUGAGAGGUGAUAUCAAACAGUCAACUGACUAUAAAAUAAUUGGAUUGGGGACUAAUAAUAUCAAAAUAGACUCACCAGAUGAUAUAAUCUGUAGUCUAAAACACCUGGCUCAAACGGCAAGAACGCAUCAUCCUAGUUCAAAAUUGAUCAUGGCAGGGCUACACCAUAGACAGGAUUCAGACUCUAGUGAGGACAUAUACAAUAUGAACUCUGACAUUGAUCAUAUCAACAGCCAGAUGAAGAUUUUCUGUAGGAAUGAAGGAAUUGGAUUCAUAGACAUCAAUCAAGUCAAUAACUCAACUGCUGGAAGACCAAACUUUGAUGUUCUUAAUAGAGAUGGACUCCAUUUUAACAUAAAAGGUCGCAAUUCUCUUGUGAUGGCCAUGCUAAAAUGCAUCAAUAGUGACACACCUAAGACAUAUGCCAGCAUUGUCUCAAGUAGACACCCUACCUACCAGCCAACCCAAUACAAGUUAUAGACACCGAGUGUGAUGCAUCCUGGAAUCAUGAUAGCAGAUGCACAUAUAAUAUGACUAGUUAUGAUGAUGGUGCUCAUUCAAGCCUGAGUAAAGACA